ACCUGGACCUGCCCGGCCAGAGGCAGACAUGGUGCCCCUGCUGCUGGUGCUGCUCCUACUCCUGUGGCAGGGGUCCCUGCAGCAUCAGGCACGCUAUGAGCUCCAAAUGCAGGAAUCGGUGACCGUGUUUGAGGGUCUGUGUGUCCACGUGCCCUGCUCCUUCUCCUACCCGAGGAAUUCUUGGUCUCCCUCUGGCAGCCUCUACACCUACUGGUACCGGAAUGGAGACAACCAAAAACAUGGUGCUCUUGUGGCCUCGAGCAACCCACGUAAACCGGUGAAGGGGGAGACCCAAGGCCGCUUCCUCCUCGCAGUCCCCAAGACCAACAACUGCUCCCUGCAAAUCAAAGACGCCAGGAGGAGUGACACAGGACGCUACUACUUUCGAAUGGAGAGAGGACACACUGUGAAAUUUAGUUACAAAGAGAAGAUGCUGGAUCUGCAGGUGACAGACAAACCCCACAUCCACAUUCCGGAGCUGCUGGAGUCUGGCCGCCCCACACAACUGACCUGCAGUCUGCCAGGGGACUGCAAAGGUGGACAACGUUUCACCUUCUCCUGGGCGGGAGCCACUGUGGACUCGCUGAACUUCCAAACCCACCACUCCUCGGUGCUCACCUUCACCCCGAGUCCCCGGGACCAUGGCACCAGCCUCACCUGUCAGGUGAAACGGGAAAGGCCUCCGUUGACCUCACAGAGAACCAUCCGGCUCAAUGUCUCCUAUGCUCCUAGGAACCUCACCAUAGGCUUCUCCUUUAGAAAUGACACAGCCCUCAAGAUUCUGCAAACCACUUCCCUUUCCAUCCUGGAGGGAGAGGCACUGAGGCUGCUCUGUGCGGCUGACAGCAACCCCCCUGGGAAGCUGAGCUGGUUUCAGGGAUUCUCAGGCCCGAAUGCCACCCCCAUCUCCACCACGGGGAUCCUGGAGCUGCCUCGCGUGGGGCCUGCACAGGAAGGGGAGUUCACCUGCCAAGCUCAGCACCCGCUGGGCUCCCAAAGUGUCUCUCUCAACCUCUCUGUGGUCUACCCCCCACAGCUGUUGGGACCCUCCUGCUCCUGGGAGGACCAGGGUCUGCACUGCAGCUGCUCUGCCAGGGCCCUGCCCGCCCCCUCCCUGCGCUGGAAGCUGGGGGCGGGGCUGUUGGAGGGGAAUCAUGGCAAUGGCUCCCACGUGGUCACCUCCAGCUCAGCCGGGCCCUGGACCAACAGCUCCCUGAGCCUCCUUGAGGGGCUCAGUGAGGUACUCAGAUUCAGCUGCGAGGCCCGGAAUGAGCACGGGGCCCAGAGCGCCUCAGUCCUGCUGCUGCCAGGGAAGACGGUGCUCCAGGCGGGAGUAGUUCCUGCGGCUUUUGGAGGUGCUGGUGCCAUGGCCCUGCUGUCCCUAUGCUUGUGUCUCAUCUGCUUUUGCAUAGUGAAAGCCCGCAGGAAGCAAGCAGCUGGGAGACCAAAGGUCACGGAUGAUGAAGACCUGGUCAUGGGCACAGUCACCUGGGGUUCCAAGGAAAAGCUAGGGCCAGGCAGGCCUCCAGACCAAGCGCCCCCCACCAAGGAUGCCCCUCCCUUCGGCGAGCAACAAGAGCUCUACUACGCCAACCUCAGCUUUUAUGAGAUGAAGACACGGGAGCCUCAGGACCCGGAGGCCACCAGCAGCCCUGAGUACUCAGAGAUCAAGCGUGCGGGCAAAUGAGGACUCACUCAGAGCAGUUUAACUGACUUUUCAGGAGCAACCAUGAAAAGCAGAAGAAAGCAGAUACCAUCUUUAAGUGUCACUUUAUAAUUUAUACUCAGCAGAGAGAAUUAAAAAAUGAGGAAGUAAUGCAGAUGUUUUGGAACAAAUAAAUGGGGGAAAUUAUUGUAGAAU